AUGGUUGCUGAAAUACCCCCGGGUCUGAUUCAUGAUGGCGAUCUUCUUUCCUCUAACAUUAAAUGCCUAGCCGAUAGUUCGAUAUUGGCUGAUGAGACUUUGGCAGAGGUUGAGCGAGAACGCGUCAGCUCACUAUUUUUGACCUUCGAAGUAUUUAGAAACUCUGAGUGGAAUCAUUACAUCUCUAACUCUAACCGGAGGGAUGUAGAGAUGACAGUUAAACAAAAAUUGCGAACUAUAUUAGACAAUGAGGAAAGGCUCGAGUUUUUCCAACACGCUAAGGAGAUACAAAAAGCCGCCUGGCUUGCGCCUCGUAGCCGGUCUGAACGUAAUUGGUCUCGUUUGAAAGAGUGGCGUGAAGAUAUUACCGAAUACAACAGAAAAAAACAACGUCGCGAUGUGUCUUAA